AUGGCACAAUCCGACGACUCGAUAUGGGGCACUAGCAAAGCUGAGCCAAGUGUGGAGAAAAUGGUACCAGCUCGCCGUGCCUCCGAGUAUAAUAUGAAACAUAAAAAUCGCGGCCAGGCUUUGAUCUUCAACCAAAUGCACUAUGAUGACGAGACAGCCUGUGCAGGAGCAGAAGUGGAUUCCAAUAACCUUGAACGGGAGCUUAAGCGACUCGACUUCCAUGUAUCCGUUUAUGAGGACUAUCGCUAUGAGCAGAUCCAGCAGACGAUCAAUGAAGUGGCAGCACAAGAUCAUAGCGACAGUGACUGCAUUCUGGUGGCUGUGCUCUCCCACGGCGAACAGGGCCACAUCAGCGCCGAGGACCCUGUAGAGUACAUCUGGAAUCCCUUCACAUCCGAUAAUUGCCCAUCCUUGGCCGGCAAACCCAAAUUGUUCUUUAUCCAAACCUCCCAGGGCACGAGAUUGAUGGAAGGAACCGCAUUGAAGUUCUAUUCCCUUGAGUCGGAUGUUGACUUUUUGAUCGCAUACUCCACGAUCUCUGGAUUCUUUUGGCGUAACACGAAAAAGGGCUCAGUUUUCAUCCAGAGUCUGUGCGCCGAACUGGAGGAGAAUGGCAAGCUGCUGGACUUGCUUACUCUGCUCACCUUUGUCUGCCAGCGGGUCACCAAUUUCGAGUCUCACCCACCGGAUAAUGGCAUGCAGCAAAUAUCUUGCAUCGCCACAACGCUGACCCGUAUUUUGCGAUUCGAAGACAAGUAGAUAAUCCACUUUACGAAAAUUUUUAUCAUUUUAAAUACC